AUGACAGCGCGCGAGUGGAUCCGGGAGAUGGUUUGUCGCGGGCUGGUCGUUCGUGCUGGGCUCGAGCCAUGCGAUCGUCGCCUGCGUCGGUCCCUGCCGAUGUGGCUUCGGGAAGGCUUCACGGCUGGCGUUCACGGCUGGACGCUGGACCAGACUCCUCCAACGCCCCCCGACAGGGGCAUCGACCUCGCCUGGUUCAAGGGCGGACGCGGGAGAUCUGCAUUCUUUAUGAUCGUGAUCGGUAUGUUGGAGUCCGAGAGGACGGAGUACGGAUCGACUCGCGCGACCGUCGAGACCCGGUCUCGUGAUGUCGUGGGGUCCUGGAUUCGCUUGUUUCACUGGGUUAGUAGGGUCUUCCCGAUCAAGUCCCUGAUCUUUAUGCAUUCCCAUUCCCAGCCGACCAGACCGACCGGCAUCCUACUAGCUGAAGUCGUGCAGGUCGGGGCUGGGGGCAGGAUGACCGAUCGAUGA